AUGUUAGUGGAGGAUGUAGCAGUGGCGGCGGAUGGCGGUGGUAACCUUACUCGAAGUGGUAACCCUACUCGUGGUGGUAACCCCACUGGUGGUGGUAACCCUACUGGUGGUGGUAACCCCAUUGAAGGCUGUAAGUGUGCUGCUGCAAACGAGCUGAUCCCUGUGGUGUUACGCCGCCGCCUGCGAUUCCGCCGCCUCCCCAACCUCAUCCAAUCGGAAGUCCCCCUCCGUAUUGUCACAUCGUGCACUGCCCCUGAGACCCCUCAAAAGGCUCAAGCCCUUCUCCAUACAGUCACAGUGACUCCUGCUCAUCCUCUCCCCCUCCCUCCCACCUAUCGCCUCCUGCCAGACUACUCCCAUCUGACCCACAAGUACCUCCCUCCUAUCCUCGCCGGGUUCCCUCUCGCCGCCCCUGCUUUGGUAGGGACAGGCCCGCUGCCUUCAGGGGGAGUUUCUGAGGAAAUCGAUGGGGAGAUGACUGACCAGCUGCUUUUAGAGAGGGGAGUUUCUGACGCAAUCAAUGGGGGGGAGAGUGACCAGCUGCUUUUAGAGAGGGGAGUUUCUGACGCAAUCAAUGGGGGGGAGAGUGACCAACUGCUUUUAGAGAGGGGAGUUUCUGACGCAAUCAAUGGGGGGGAGAGUGACCAGCCGCCUUCGGAGAGAGACACAGAGGGAGAGACGGGGAGGGCGGGAGUGCGAGUGUUGGUAUUGGGAGGAGGCGCGUUCACUCUGCCCAUAUACCUGCACAUGCAUAGGCCAAAUUAUCACAUUCAGGUGGUGGAGAUCGAUCCCAUCAUGCACCGCGUCGCACGGAGGCUCUUUGGGCUCACAGGCAGGGCCUGGGGUCACUUGGAACAUAGAAAAAGAAGGCGCGAAGGAAGGUAUCAGCAUGAGCAUGAGGGAAUGCGGCUCAAGUGGAGGGAGGAGCGCGAGAGGAGAGAGUGGCAGGAUCUACCGCACGUGCUCCAAGAGUUGACGGAGCGACGCGAACUCGAUCUUCUCUCUGCGAUCUUUGCAAAACUGCCGUUCAAAACGCUCCUCGCCGCGUCGCAGGUGUGCCGGUUCUGGUCGCAUGCGAGCGAGCAUCUGUUUCAGAGGGAGUGCGAGAGGAAAGGAUGGAAACCACCCAGACGACCGCGAGGCCAGACAGAACUUUCCUCCUUCCGACCUUGGCGCUCCCUCUUCUUCCGCCAUGCGUGCAGGAGCUGCGGUGGCAAGGGGGAAUUCAUAGCCCGACACGCCAAACCACCCCUGCACUCUGCCUCUCCUUACGCUGCCUCUCCUAACGCUGCCCCACCUAAAGCUGCUCCUCCCAACGCUGCUGCUUCUCCCGACGCUCCCUCUCCCAAUGCUCCCUCUUCCGGUGCUUCCUCUCCCAACUCUGCCUCUGCAAAAAGAAAGGGAUCAGCAAUGCGCAUUCCCUGUAAGAGGUUGCUUACAUCGAAUCCACAUGCAGAGAGGAACAUGUGGUUCCUCCUCGGCUUGCAGUGCACCCACCUGCCACGUGUCCAGCUGCGAUUGGCGCAGCUCAACGCACAUGUGGACAUUUUUGGGCUGACAGGAUCGAGGUUGAAGUGCUCGGGGUGA